CUGUGUUACUAGCAGCUAAUUUUCCACAUCAUUUAAAGGUCAUUUAAAUGUCGGAUUCUCUUCUUGAAUUCAUGAGAUAUGGUGGUAAUUUCUUUGCUCUACAAUGUAUUUAUAUGGGUACUUGUAAAGUAGUUUCACCCCUAGAUCUAGAUAUUUCUCUCCUUGGCUUUAGAGUUUGAUCUCUAUCAUUCUCAUAUUAUUUCUUCCUUUUUUUCACUCCAGUUUCAUGGCUCUUUCUCUGUUCAAGAAAAUAUAUGUCAUCCCUAUGCUGUUAAUAUUGUCAAACUCAGUGAUUAGUGUCUCAAGGGUGCAAGCAGAGCCUCAAGUUCCCUGUUUGUUCCUCUUUGGUGAUUCACUGCUUGACAAUGGCAACAACAAUGCCAUUGCUUCUUUAGCUAAAACAAACUACAGGCCUUAUGGAAUAGAUUUUCCUGAUGGACCAACUGGAAGGUUUUGCAAUGGAAAAAAUGCUGGUGAUAUCAUCGCUCAACUCUUGGGUUUUAUUGAUUUCAUUCCACCCUAUGCAACUGCAAGAGGUGAAGUUCUACUCGGAGGAGCCAAUUACGCAUCCGGGGCAGCUGGAAUAAGGGUUGAGACUGGGAGGCAAUAUGGUGCUUGCAUUAGCAUGGAUGAACAGUUAAAGAAUCAUCAAUCUGCCAUUGCUCAAGUGGUAAACAUAUUUGGGGAUAUUGAUGCAGCAACCAACCAUCUACACAAGUGCAUCUAUAUGGUUGGAAUGGGUAGCAAUGACUACCUUAACAACUACUUCAUGCCUUUGAUUUAUAAGACAAGUUGGCAUUACACACCAGACCAAUAUGCCAAUGUUCUUAUUGAACAAUAUUCUCAGCAACUCAAGACUUUGUAUGAUUAUGGAGGAAGGAAGGUGGCUCUGAUAGGAAUUGGUCCUAUAGGUUGCACCCCAUAUGAAAUUUCUCGUAAUAAUCUCAAUGAUUCAGCAUGUGAUGAGAGAAUUAACCGUGCAAACCAGAUAUUCAAUGAAAGACUUAAAAAUCUUGUGGAUGAGCUCAACAAUGAUCUGCAGGAUGCAAUGUUUAUAUUUGUGAAUGCAUAUGGGAUUUUCAGUGAUAUUUUUCAGAAUGCUAAAUCUUAUGGUAGACAAUCCUUACUCAGUUAUUGCUUUUAUUUG